CAGAAUGUGAGGGAUCUGGAAAAGAAGAGAGGAAAUCCAGCGGAUGAAUGAGUAUCUGAUGGGCGCUGGAGGGGGAAGAGAGGAGCGGUCAGGCCCAGCAGCGCCUUGAUGGAGCAUGGGUCAGGUUUUAGGAUUCUCCCACUGCAAGGAGUUUGGCUCUGUCUCCUCAACACCUGACUCUACUCCUCCCUGUACAGAUGGUGGUAAUGAGGAGUCAGAUUUCCCAGAGCUCCUAACAGCACGGGAGUGGUCUGAGGAUGAAGAAGGCCCUGAAGAUGACUUUAGUAGUUCCUCCAUGUGGGGUACCCCCCGGCAGAACUCCUUUGAGCUCACGUUCUCAUACAUUGCCUUCUCCGAGGGCGAGAGCUCCGGACGGAGAGAUUCAGGCAGACGGAGAACAGGAGGGAGAGGAAGACAAGGCUCAUUACGUCGUAUGGACACUGUGGAAACCUUUUUACCUCCAGACUCCCCCGUUGUCGAGUGGGACCCCCUUGCCUUCAUGAGUGGAGAGGAGGAGGAGCAGAUUGUGGAAAACCAACUUCCUGAAUCAGUGGAGAGCCACAGUCGAACUACAGAGUCCUCCGCUCAGGGUAUAGAGUACGCUCCUAAUGACGAAUUACAGGGCGAAAUAGAGGAGAUCACAUUACAGGAGACAUGCUACGUUACAAAGAGUUGUGAAGCUAAACGGCUUCAGUCAUCAGAGCCAUAUGUUGGCACAGAAUCCACAACCACAUCGCAACCUGAGGGAGAAGCACCACAAUCAUCACAAAAUCCCAUUGAUCAAAACACUCAGGAAGAGCCCACCAGGGAACAGUGGUUUUCUACACUUAACCUAUCAGAGUGGCCAACAAUACACAUCCAGAUCGCAGUAACGGAUCUGAUCUACUGGAAGGACACAGAGCGGACAGGCAUGGUGUUCACCGGCCUGGUGGUGGGCCUGCUGUCUCUCUUCCAGCUCAGUAUCAUCACUGUGCUCUCCACUCUUUCGCUGGCUAUUGUGUGCUUCACCAUUUCUGUGCGCAUCUACUGCAACUUGCUGCAUGCUUUUCAGCUCAGAGAUGGGGCACACCCCUUCCAAUCCUAUCUAGAAGUGGACAUUGGUCUGUCUGGAGAACAAGCUGAACACUAUAUGCAGAGAGCUAUAUUCCUGUGCUUUGCUGCUCUGGACACACUGAAGCGCCUCAUCUUCGUAGCUUGCCUGUUUGACUCUCUUAAGUUCCUGUUGCUGAUGUAUCUGGUGACGUAUCUGGGAGCUCUUUGCAAUGGCCUUACUUUGCUUAUUAUCGGCGUGAUUGCUAUCUUCUCUGUCCCUCUCUUCUACAACCGGCACCAGGAAAAAGUGGACAACUGGGUUGCAAAGGUUCAAGCUCAUGUUGACAACAUUAAGGACAUCCUGAAUCGAUUGGCCCAGGGUGGUGGCCCUGCCCCUGAUCCCACCCCAGGCGGCGCCAAACCCAAAUCCCAGUGAGGCGUCUUGGAGGUGGAGUGAAAGAUAAUUAGGGUGGAGCAAUAGGCUGUCACUAUGAUGUCUUAAUCAAUUCUGUUUUUCGGAGCACCACUUUCAGAUUUACUAGAACAGGGACUAAUAAGAUACUGUGUAAAAAAGAGUGAAUGGGAGGAGAGAAGGUAGCAUUGGUUUUUCAAGAGUUUAAAAUGACUCUUUUGAUGCAUGAUGAGAUUCCGCUGGACGACAAACAAAAGCAGCAGGGCCUUGAAAUCAAAUCAGUGGAUUUCUGAAAGUUGUCUGGAAAAGAGGAAAUUGACGACAUCAACGAACCUACAAACUUGAACAUAUGAGGUGAUGCACAAGAACAUUUAAAAACAAGAGACUGGGGUUUGCAUAAUGAUGAGCCAAAUUCGAGAAACCCCAGGACCAGUUUACUGAAUCAUCCUUCACAUUUGACAGUUUUUAAUGAGAAUGUCAUGUGUAUAUAUGUGUGUACACGUACAUAUGUGCAAUUAAGAUCUUGCGAAUUUAUCCUGUUACAUCCUGAGAUCUGAGAUCUAUUAAAACUCCCGUAUCAUUUUCUUUUUCCAACAUUUUCCUUUGUGCUAUUUUAAUGCCUCUUUAAAAUAAGAAAAUUAUGUUUUCCUUUCAACAUUACAAUAUUCUAUAGCUAUAGUGAACAGAUUACAUUACAUACAGGAGUACAUCUGUCUCUUAAAUAAAUUGGUUCCUUGAGGGUUAUUAUGGUUAAAUAAAGGGUUCUAAUAUGUCCACUGUAUUAGACAUACACUGUUUACAAUAACAUCUUUCUGAAUCCCUCAAGUGAAACUUUCCUUAUUGAGAUGCACUGUAUGUCCAAAGGUAUGUGAACAUUCAACCAUUACACCCAUGUGUGUUUUUUGAACAUAGCAUUUUAGAUUUAGUCUCAAUUUGAUAUUGUCCGUUAUUCCAGGAAGGCUUUUUACUAGCGUUUGGAGCAUAGCUGUGGGGAUUUGUGUUCAUUCAGCCCCAAGAGCAUUAGUCAGGCACUGAUGUCAGGUGAGGAGGUCUGGUGUGCAGUCAGUGUUCCGGUUCAUCUCAAAGGUGUUUAGCAGGGUUGAGGUCAGGAAUCUGUAACAGGCCACUUGAGUUCUUCCACCUCAACCUUGGAAAAACUUGUUCUCACAGAGCUCGCCUUGUACACAAGCCCAUUAUCAUGUUGGAACAGGUUUAGGCUUCUUAGUUCCAGUAAAUGGAAAUAACAAUGUAACUUAAGUAAUCAUUUGAAAGCUAUAGCAAUGAUAACAAUCUACUUAAAUUUGUAAUCGAAAUUGGCUGAGAGUUUGUCCAUCGUUUUUUUACAAGCGGAGAAGCUUCAGAAAAUAUGCAGUCAUUUUCAGUAUUGAUGCUUCUUGGUUCAUGCGGUGCUUCGUGGCAUUGUUAUAUAAGGAGUAAAGGUUUCGGUGAACUGGAAGGGUUUUACAAUUAAUACAGUCCGUAAAAUGUCCUGUUAUCUGAACGGUGCCAUGAUUACUGAUCUAGGAAGCUGACUGAGACACACCCAUACAAUCGUGUGCUUCCAACAGUUUGGCUUUCAUAUGGGUGUAAAGGUCAUGUGUCCACUUACUUUUUGCAUAAAGUGUAUAUUUUAAACCUUUCUCUAGUACACAAGCCCUGUAGUCACCACCUGCCUUGCACAUUUUAGUGUUUUCUCUGCGAUAACACAUCCCCUUCAGUAUAAAGUACAUUAAAUGAACAUCUCUGCUCAUCUAAUGCUUGUCAGAUGUGUGUAAGAAUAAGGUGUAAUAUUUACAUGCAUAAAAAUAGUGAUGAGAAUGCUGUACCUCCAAAGUGUACACACAAAGCUCUAAAUUGAAAUGGAAAUUCAAGCUCAUCACUAUGUAAUGCACAUGAUGCGCAUGAUGAUAUGUGAUCUCUAAUCCAAACAGAAAGUGGAAAGCAGUAUGACUGCUGUUGUGUUACUGCUGCCAUUUAGACCGGAGACCUGAUUUGUGUGACUCCAGUCAUAUCAUUGAAAACUUGAUUUGGAUUACAGUGUAUAUGAUGUCUCUAAAAGAAAUCGUUUCUAAUGCUAAAGAAUAAAGUUUAUCAGGAAUAGA